UUCCUGACUUUAUCAACCUACUAUCCUUAUCUGGAGUGGAUGUGCAGUGAAGGAGUGAAGAUUUCCAUUAUUACAGCGACCAAGGAGAUUGUGGAAAUCAUCAUAUAAUUACUUUAUUCGAUCGAUUUUAUCCUGGAAAUUGAAGCAAUUAUUUUAAAAUCUAUUGUAAUUGCCGAAAGAAGGCACACAUAAACGACGCCAGAAUGUACCAGAGCUUGGCCUUAACGUCAAAUCAGUCUCCAUAUGCGCACGACACCGGAAACUACAUCCAUGCCUCGGCGAGUUCUCCGGUUUACGUGCCCACCACCCGGGUACCUGCCAUGUUGCAGACCCUCCCGUACCUGCAGACAUGCGAGUCCGCUCAUCAGUCGCAUAGCCUCGGAGGGCACCAUGGCUGGCCGCAGACUGGUACGGAUAGCUCGUCAUUCAACCCAGGCAGCCCGCACCCUCCUCCCGGGUUCUCCUAUACACAUAGCCCCCCUGUGAGCAGCAGUACUGGCAGGGACGCGACGUACCAGAGUCCGCUGGUGCUGAGUAACAGUGGUCGGGCUGAGCAGUAUAGCAGCUCUCUGGUGCGCUCCGUCGGAGGGUCCUACUCAAGCCCCUAUGCGGCGUACAUGAGCCCGGAGAUGGCAACGUCUUGGACGCCGGGACACUUCGAGAGCGGCAUGAUAAGCCUACAAGGACGACAAGGUGCUCUGCCAGGGAGGAGGUCCAGCAUGGACAUGCUGGACGAGUUGCCAGGGGAGGGACGCGAAUGCGUGAAUUGCGGUUCUAUCUCAACACCAUUGUGGCGACGAGAUGGCACCGGACAUUACCUAUGCAACGCCUGUGGUCUCUACCACAAAAUGAACGGCAUUAAUAGGCCGCUUAUCAAACCACAGAAACGCCUGCAGAACACCUCCAGGAGAGCCGGGCUCUGCUGCACCAACUGUCACACCAGCACCACAACGCUGUGGCGCCGCAACGCUGAGGGAGAGCCUGUCUGCAAUGCCUGCGGCCUUUACAUGAAGCUGCAUGGGGUCCCCAGACCACUGGCAAUGAAGAAGGAGAGCAUUCAGACCAGGAAGAGGAAACCUAAGAUGGCCAAGUCCAAAACCUCAUCAGGAUCAUCUGCUUCUGGUACCAGCUCCCCCUCCUCUCUGUCCAUCUCUGAAAACGCUUCCACGAUUAAGAGCGAGCCCAGCAUGGCUCCGUCACCCUAUGCUGGGCAGACUGUGGUCUCUGUCGCUCAGGCAUCAUCGCAGCUGGACAGUAUGACUGCAGGACAUGCGGACAUUAAAUAUGAGGACUACCACUUCACACCCACGUCGAUGGCCCCACAGAAUUCAUGGUGCGCCCUCUCCCUGGCAUGA